ACUCUAACACACAUGUCUGCAUGUGCUUCAGCAGCAUAUGCAUAUAGGCGGCAAGAUGGUUCACAGCUUCUGCAAAGCACAGGAAGAUUAAAAAAAAAAAAAAGCCACACACACUAACACUUCCAGCCCAGCAGAAGUACCUACGCAGAAGUACUGCACACACCACUCUGCUAGUGAUCAGUCAGAGGAGCCACAGAAGUCACAUUAAAGAUGGAAGACAUAGACGCCAUGUUUAGUGACCUGCUGGGGGAGAUGGACAUCCUAGCACAGAGCUUGCAGGCGGAAAUUGAACCGCCGGAGCCAGACUUUGAACCUCCAGGUUUGAAAGCAUUCUCCCCCUCAGUCUUCGUCUCCCUGAACAACCUAGCCGACAAUGAUCUGGAUUCCCUUAUGGCCGACCUGGUCGCCGACCUGGGCCUGGUGGAGGACGAAAUGACGGCAGAUAAAGGAAUCCUCAUCCCACCACAAGAGGGGCCACAGUUUCCUGCUCCGCCAUCUCUGGGCACCAUCAAGCCCUCAGAGUCUCUCCUUCCUGCGGCCCCCAAGCCGUCACUGCCGGAAGAGGCUGAAGCAAAGGAUAAGGCUGACAAAAUUAAGCUCGCGCUGGAGAAGCUGAAGGAAGCCAAAAUUAGAAAGCUGGUCAUUAAGGUGGUCAUGAACGAUGGCAGCUCCAAGGCGCUGAUGGUGGACGAGAAACAGACGGUCCGCGACGUGCUGGACAGCCUGCUGGAGAAAACGCACUGCCAGGCCAGCAUCGACUGGACCCUGUAUGAGACGAACCCUAUUCUGCAGAUUGAAAGAGUUUUAGAAGAUCAUGAAUUCCUGGUGGAGGGUCUGUCUGCGUGGACGCGAGACAGUGAAAACAAAAUUCUUUUUCUCGAGAGACCGGAUAAAUAUGCUGUCUUCAAAGAUCCCCAGAACUUCUAUAUUUGGAAAAAGAACAAACAACUUUUAAAAGAUGUGAACCAGAAAGAAAAAGAAGUACUCUUGACGGAAAAUUUCUGUGGGCCUUCCGUCAUUGUGCCCGACCUUGAAGGUAUCCUCUACUUAAAAGAAGACGGAAAGAAGUCUUGGAAACGGCGCUAUUUCCUUCUAAGGGCUUCUGGAAUUUACUACGUGCCAAAAGGAAAGACGAAGACAUCGUGCGACCUGGCAAGCUUCAUACAGUUUGACAAUGUGAAUGUCUAUUACGGUGUGGACUACAAAAACAAGCAUAAGGCCCCCACUGACUUCUGCUUUGUCCUCAAGCAUCCCCAGAUCCAGAAAGACUCCAACUACAUCAAGUACCUCUGCUGUGAGGACAAGCCCACAUUGGGUUUGUGGGUGACCUCCAUUCGCAUUGCAAAAUAUGGAGUAACGCUGUACGACAACCACAAGGCCGCCCUCUGUAGAACGACAUCCUCCUAUAGCAGCUGGACAAACCGGGCUGCUUCCAACCAAUCAGCACAGCCCAGAAGCCCAAACGUUGCUGUUAAAGCUAAUGGAGCAGCCCCCCAGACUGCCCCCCCGCCAAAGCCUGCCACCACACGCUUCAAUGAACCCUCAAAAAAGGGUGAUGGCAAUUGGACAGAAGUUCCGUUUUUCCCCCCCCCACCUGCCAUAGAAGAAAUCUUGCCCCCCCCACCGCCCGAUCCUCCUCUACCUCCUCCACCUUCUCCUCCUGGCCACUGUUUCAUGGACACAUACAAGCAGCUACCGCGCAGCAUGCUGCCCCCUGCAGCUUCGGAUGACCUCGACCCGCCUCCGGACUUUAUCCCGCCCCCCCCUCCAGCGCAUCUGCUGAGCUCAAUGGCAGGUGCACCCCUAGCCAGACCUGUGGCUGGCCGGGGAAGAGUGCCCCCCACACCCCCCAAAAGAACCACACCUGUCGGAGCACUGUCUACUAGUAACGGCAAUGUGAUGUAAAGGGCAGACAAAGGCCAUGCAAAGGGAAACAAGCCAGCGAUUCAAUUAAUCGGCCAUUACUGCCAGUUUACUCAUCCUCUGCCACAAUGUGACAAUUUAUGAAUCGUAGCUGCAUCACACAUGAGCAGCAAAUGAUGAUAAAUGUCAUGAAGUAUGUCUAUAUAUAAAUGCACAUACCUUUCCAUUUUAUAGACAAAUGCAAUCCAUUUGUAAUGCAUUAUAUUUAAAAUGAUUAUACAUAUAGUGUAUAUACAGUAUAGUGAUGUUUUUGUUAAGAGGAGGUAAAUUAACAAUAUAAUAGGAAUGAUGACAUUAAUAUAUCUUAGGACUUGCAAUGAGACCAUAUCGAGACUCUAUGAAUGCAAUGAGACUCUACGUUAACUUAAUUUUCAAAGUGCUGCAUUAAACUUGUAUGUGUUACUUGAAUUAUGGAAUAAAUAACUUCACAUUA